AUGUGUAGUCUCCUCAGACAGGGCGCCUCACUUGCUCGGUCAUCGCCCGAAGAUACUGCCGCCGUCGAGGCUCCUGAGCCUAAAGCCAUCAUUAUUUCAGGACCAAGUCAGGAUCAAGAUCCAUCGAACUCGAUCACCAACUGUAGCAUUACAUACCGGUACUUGCCUCGGAGCUUUGCGCGUGUUGGAGGCGCAGCUCUCCAAAGAAUCUCCGAAUGCCAACUGGCAACCCCAGAGUCGUUGGACGCGUAUGCUAUACCAGCCAAGCAGAACUCGUGCUGCAUCUACCUCUGUAAAGCGCACGCGAGCGCUGCAAGCUGGAUGUUGUGCGCCUCGGACAUGCAUAUGCAGGCGUAUUUGACAGCCGACGAACGGGGGCCGCAAUCAGGCAACAGCAAAGAGUUCUGUGAGGGGCAUGGCCAUCUCACUCCAUCUCCAGAACGUCGAACACCACCAGCUAGUCCGCAGGAACUGCGACAACGAUGCAAGCUUCCGUCACCUACAAUCCCAUGUCUUCUGGAGGACAUGUUCCUGUAUCGCAAUUGUCAUCCCCUCUCUUCAGGCUACCAGCUGAAUUACGCGUCGCGAUCUUCGAAUGCUUAG